GACAGAUUGUCACUGUCAUGGCGUAAUUUGCUUCGGCUGGGUUGUUAAAUUUUAGUUUUUCGAUUUGUGUUCAUAAAGUUUCAUCUUAAUAAAAGGAUGAGUGAUUUUUUAAAAUCCGCAAUGGGUUACUUCAACUCCGGACCCAAUGGCGAAUCCGACAAUGAAUUUGUCGGCCAAACUGUCGAGAUUGGUUCCAUAAAACUACGAAUCAAAAGAGUUAUUGCCGAAGGUGGUUUCGCAUUCGUCUAUGUGGCACAAGACGUCGUAAGCGGAAAAGAAUACGCCCUCAAAAGACUUAUUGGCGCUGAUAAGCAAGCUUGCAGCAACAUUAUCAACGAGAUAAAUAUACACAAACAACUGUCGGGACAUCCGAAUGUCGUGGCAUUCAUUGGUGCAACGUUUAUUGAUAAAACAAAUGGUCCACAUGGCAGGGCUGAAUAUUUGUUACUUACAGAACUUUGUAAAGGUGGCUCAUUGGUUGAUUGCAUGGGGACUGCUUUGGAUCCAGCUGUGGUGCUUAGGGUGUUCUAUCAGGCGACAAAGGCAGUCGGGCAUUUGCAUGCUCAAAGUCCUCCCAUCACACAUCGGGAUAUUAAAAUAGAAAAUUUCCUACUGGGUAACGACAAUCAGUUAAAAUUAUGUGAUUUUGGUUCGGCAACGGUUCAGAUAUUCGAACCGAAUGUUGAAUGGGGUGUCCAGCAGAGGAAUGUGCUGGAAGAUCAGCUCACCACGGUCACUACACCGAUGUACAGAUCUCCAGAAAUGCUAGACACCUGGAAUAAUUAUGUGAUUGGUCCCAAAUUGGAUAUCUGGGCGCUAGGAUGUGUACUCUAUUGUUUGUGUUUCCAAAAACAUCCCUUUGAAGAUUCAGCUAAGCUUCGAAUCACAAAUGGAAAUUAUAUAAUGCCAUCAGAUUCCAGAUUCAAUUGUUUUCAUGAUGUUAUAAAAGGAUGCCUAACAGUGGACCCAUCAAAUAGAUUCAACGUUUCCACAAUCCUUGAUCGUCUUGCAGCGAUAUCUGAGACUAAAAAUUGGCCAUUGAAGGGAUCAAUUGAAUUGAUUGGCAAACCAAUAGUAACACCACCAAGUGGUUCGCCGGAACAUAGCCCGGCAACAACAAAUGGACCUGUUCCGUCUCCUUUACCGACGCGACCUCCACCACCAAGACCUACUAACUCUCCCAAUCUAUCCGCUUACUCAGACAACAGUACCUCAGAUAGUUUUGCCCAGCAACCGCAACAACAACAGCAACGUCCAGCAAGACCACCUCCAGUUGCAAACAACAUACCGUACAACUAUCCUGGUCAAAAUCAAGCCCAAGCACCCAUCGCUGCUGGUGGCGCACAAACUGGAAGUCUGUUCUCUUCGAUUCGAGGUGGUGCCGGAAGUUUCUUAAAGAAUCUCAAGGACACCUCGUCAAAAGUCAUGCAAACCAUGCAACAGACAAUUGCCCGAGUUGACAUCGACAUAAGUUACAUAACAUCGCGAAUCCUGGUGAUGCCAUGUCCUUCUGAAGGAUUUGAAUCGGCCUACAAAACCAACAACAUCGAGGACGUGCGAUUGUCUAUCGAAAGCCGUUAUCCACCAGCGAAAGUGAGUGUCUAUAAUUUCGGUAACCGAAACUGCCCACGUCUGCCGCCACCAGUUCGGACUGUCGAGGCAGGUUCCAUAUACACGUGUCCUCAAUCGAAGGCUCCACACUUGCACGGAAUGUUUUCUGUUGCUGAAGACAUGUACGGCUUCCUGACUGCCGAUCCCAAAAGUAUUGUAAUCAUUCAGACAAGUGAUAGCGGUGGCUGCAGUGCAGCGACCAUGGUGUGUGCCCUGCUCAUGUACAGUGGACUCAUCCAUGAACCCGAAGAUGCCGUACAGGUGUUUGCUGUCAAACGACAUCCGAUAAAUCUGAGGCCGUCGGAGUUCCGUUAUUUGUACUAUUUGGGUGAUAUUCUGAGGACAACGCCACUUCUGCCGCAUUACAAAACCUUGAACGUGGUUUCGCUGGUGUGCCAGCCAGUUCCACGAAUGACUAAAGCUCGUGACGGUUGUCGAAUGUACAUCGAAGUUUACUGCAAUGAAAGGCUCCUAAUGAAUACAGUGCAAGAUUAUGAGAAAAUGAAGUUAUAUUUGUCUGGACCGGGUAAAAUUGUGUUACCCAUCAAUCUGACGGUUUGUGGAGAUCUUACAGUGGUCUUGUAUCAUGCACGAAAUGCCCUCAAAGGAAUGGGUCGUCCACAGGGCUUGAAAAUAUGUCAAUUACAAUUAAACACUGGCUUCAUACCCGAACAGGAAACCCUCAUUACUUUCACAACCAACGAUCUGGAUGAAUUACCUGACCAGGAACACGUUCCAUCUAACUUCACAGUGUCUCUUUCGAUUGUCGUUACCGAUUCCGAAAGUCGCCCAUCCAAAAAUCCCCCUUGGCUUCCGGCUAAGCCAAAACGGAAUCCAAUUAAUCUUUUUAGUUCACAAUUGGAAUACGUUGAAAUGGUUGACAAUUUUGUGACUAAACCAACAGGCGGAUCUGAACCUGAACGUCAUCGUCAGCAACCACCAACAAGGCCAGCGCCACCUGUUCCCCAUAUAGCGACCACAAGAAACUCUGAUGGAGAUGUGUCGGAGCAUUCACACGAAGCACCCUUAGUGAUGCCAGAUGUUACAGAAAACAUCAGCGAGCGUCCUUUUGCAAGCCACUCGCCAGCUCCUCCAAUAGAUUUACUUAAUCUGGGAAGCCAAUCGAUGUCUCAAGAUCCAUCAACAUCUCAAAGUCAGCCUCACAAUGCAUCGUCAAAGGAGGCUAGCUUUGAUUUGUUGGGAUCAUUUGAUUCAGGUGAUUUGCGUUCAGCUCCAAUUCCAGAUAUUUUAGAUAACACUCAACCAAAAUCAGCUGCAGGAUUGGACGAUAUAUUUGGUUCGAUAAGUGCUCCGGCAACUUCUGCACCAGGAGGAGAAUUUAAUUUAGACUUUAACGCUUUUGCAUCGGCGACACCAGCAGCUCCCAGAGUGGCCGCUACUUCGGUUCCAAUGAGUUUUCCAAGAUCACCCGCAACUUCGGCUGCAACACCUUCAUUCACUUCGACUGGCGGCGGUGGUUCUAGUCAAGUGCCUAGCAAAGAAACAUCACCACAGCAGCCGAAGGAUCCUUUUGCGGACAUAGCAAAUUUAGCUUCUGGAUUAAACAUAAACUUCAAUCCCAAUACUCUUAGUAAUAGUAAAACACCUGGUACCACGCCAGUGGCAAAUAGUCCCUACACCACUCAAUUUUCAAGUCCUACUCACAGUUAUGCACGUAACAACAGCACUAAUGCAACAACUGGAAUAGUACCACCACCGCAGGUGAAUCUUUCGACACCCUCACCAUCACAUAACAUCAAAUCACCCCUCAAUGGCAGUGUUGGAGUACAAUUCCCAAGUCAGCCUAUUCCUACUGCGACGCCAUCACCAUCAACACAACCGCCACAACCAACAUCGGCGACGAACAACAGACCCGACUAUAGUCGGUCACACUUUGAGCCUAAAACUCCAGCUGGCGCUGCUGGUGGAACACCCAAAAAUGCAGACAUAUUUGCAGAUAUUCUGGGAGAGCAGGGUUACAAAUUCGGAAGCAAAACACAGCAUGGACCGAGGUCUAUCAAUGAAAUGCGAAAAGAAGAACUCGUCAAGGAUAUGGAUCCAGAUAAAUUAAAAAUUAUGGAAUGGACGGAAGGAAAGAAAAAUAACAUACGUGCUUUAUUGUGUUCAAUGCAUACUGUGUUAUGGACAGACUGCAAGUGGAAAAAGUGUGAAAUGUCAACCCUCAUCACACCGGUCGAUGUGAAAAAGGCUUACCGAAGGGCUUGUCUGGCUGUGCAUCCGGAUAAACACAACGGUACAGAAAAUGAAGAAACUGCUAAACUGAUUUUCAUGGAGCUGAACAAUGCUUGGAGUGAUUUCGAAAAUGAUGCUACUCAACAAAAUAUGUUUAAUUCAUAAGCCUUAGUAGAAAAACCAUUACCCAUUAGGUAUUGUAUUUCUAUUUUUGUUUUCUUUACAAACUCGUAUCUAUAAAAGAAAAUCACUGUUAUGAGAAAUUUUGAAGAAUUAAAAUAAAUCCUAUCACUCAAUAUUUAUAAAUAAAAUAAUGCGAUGCAGCGCCAUACUGAGAGCAAUUAAAGAUGCUUUUUUUAUUAAAACAAAAACAAAAGAAAAGAAAGAAAGAAAUAAAUAAAUGUUAUGUUGCCAGGACAGAUUACUUAAUUUCUAAAUAAAUAUUUUAUAUGUACACGUACUUUUCCUUUUAUAUAAACAAAUAUAAAAUAUAAGCAUACGGAAACAUGCUAGGCUAGGAAAUACAACAAACAAAACAAAAACAAUAUGUAAAAAUAGUCUUUCCAGUUCAUGUUCUGCAUUUAAAUUAAUAUAUUAUAUACUUAUAAAUAUUAUAACAAUAAGUUUAAUCUAUUGUUUUUUUCUUUUCUUCUUAAAAUCAAUAUUUCAUUUAGUGUGCUGUUUUUUCUUUUUAAAUAUUUCUAUUUUGAGAUUAGGAGAUUUUUGAUUUGCUUUGUUUUAGUUAAAUUUUAAUUUGUUUAAAUUACUAUAUAUAAGGAUUAUAUAGAAUUGAAUUAUGAUGAAAUAGAGACUGUUUAAGUUAUUAAUUAUUUAAUUCGUUCAAUAAACAAAAAGAAAAACACACACAAAAAUAAAAUAAAAAUAUAUUUAUAUACUGUCCACUGUUAUUCGAUAAUAAAAUAAAUUAAAAGAAAACACAAGUUCUAUUUAUAUACUUAAACAAUGAAUGCAUUCAUUAUAUUUAUAUAUAAAUAAACUAAACUAAUUAUUUUCUUAACAAAAUUUUACUUCAUAAAACAAACAAUUAUUAUAAAUUAGAUAGUGAGUUAAAUGUUAUAUUAUUAUUAUUGAAUUGAAUUCAUUCCAAAAUUCCAAAAAAAAAAGAAUAAAUAAAAUUAGAGAUAAAAAUCAAAUAAAAAUGUGCAUAGAAAUAAAAAGAAAAAAAAAAGAAAGGUAUAUAUAUUUAAUAUAUAAAAUAUAUUAAUGCAAUAUUAAUGUUAUUAAAGCAUAUUCGUAAAUACAAAAUACAAAAAUAUAAAUAUAUUUAAAAUCAGAAGGAAGCAAAAAUUAUUUAAAUAAAAAUUAAAAUAAAAAGAAUAAAAUAAAAAUAUAUAUUGACACACAUAAUUUUUGCUAAAGCUUUGUAAGUUAGGUUGAAUUGUGGGCAUUGCAUUGAUGUGCAUGUAUUGUAUAUAUAAUCUAAAAAAAUAUAAUAUAUAUAUAUAUACAUAAAUGUUUAUGUAACUGAAACAUA